CUCCGCUCGCACCUUCCUGCUAGUCGCUCCGCGCUAUCCUAACCGUACGUUCACCGCAGUAGUAUUUUUCCUGCAAAUUAUCGAUAGUAUACGCGCGCCACUGGCAUCUAAAACAACAGGUGUUUUUACGGUAGAGAAAAAAAAGUUUUUUUUCGCUUUAAAUGAUGACGGAGACAGUGGUAACGGUGCAGGAAGCCCCAAAUAACAACGCAGCCCCCAACAAGGGGGCCGAUCAACCCCUGGCUUGGAUUAAGAUCAACAUCGACUACUUUAAGACGACGCCCGGAUUGUUGAAAAUAGCGGAGUUUGUGCUGGGUAUCUUUUGUAUGUCCCUCGGUUCCCCAGCUUACUAUGGUGGUUCCCACUUCUUCCUCUUCGUCGUAGUUGUUAGUUUUAUUGGUACCCUUAUCUGGAUCGUCAUAUACUUACUUGGCAUCAGAGAAGCAAUCAAUUUUCCAGUAAACUGGUUAUUAACGGAACUCGUAAACACUGGAAUAUGUACAGUAUGUUACUUCAUCGCCUUCAUUCUUCAGUUAAUUGUAGCAGCCUCCCUGCACCCAGGUCAUUACAGGAGGGGAGCCCAAAUAGCAGCAGGAGUUUUUGGUAUUUUUAAUGCUCUAGUCUAUGCGUUUGCCACCUACCUUCUGCACAACGAAUGGAAAGGAACAAGAACAAACUGAAAUUUCUACCUGAUUCUCUUUAAAUUAUUUUUAAAACUGCGACAUACUGUAUAUCUUGUUAUAGUACUGAAUUAAUGCAACUUAGUUUGUAAGGUUGUUCCAUAAUUUUUAUUUUAAAUUGAUACAAAAUUUGUUCAGUUGAAUAAUAUAGACAUAUUUAUAUAGGUUGUAAAAUAAAGUUAAAAAUAUCUUUCUCAUAUCUUGGAUGUCAUUGUUAUAUUUAUUAUUUUAUUGUUUAACAUAUUUUAAGAUCGUAAUUAUAUUUAUAUUGUAAACGACACACAAAAGGUUUUAUUAUUAUCACAAAUGGCUGUUUUAAAAACAUUAUUUCACAAAAAAAUAUUAUUAGAAUCUCAUGUUUCAUUGUAUUCAUUAUUUUUUUUUAAUAUAUAAGGACUCCACUGUCUUGUUUGUGAUGUUACUAAAAGAAAAGGUAUAUAAACAGGGUGAUUCAUAAAAAGUGACCUUAUUUUUUACAAAGCUCUGUUAAAAAUACCUGAGAAAUUUAAAUUAUUUAUCUACAUUGUGUCCAAAUAUCUUUGAACGCCCUGUAUAAUACAUUGAAUUAAAAAAGAAUUAGGUAUGUUGUAGAGAAAUAGUGUCAAAUUAAUAGAUAUUUCAUAGCAAAUUUAUACAAUCAUUAAAAAAUACUAAAGUACCUCUAUUUUUUCUGUACAGUUCUGAUGAUAUUUUGCAAUAAUUAUUAUAAUUAUUAUUAUCUUGUUGUUUUGUAUAUUCUAAUAUUUAGAGAGUUAAUACUUGAGUCUUUUUAGUUUAUAUUUGAUAAUGUUUGAGCAUAAAAAAUUCUUAUAUCACUUUCUUUUUAUUUAUUGUUAAGGAUCUAAUAUUAAAUUUUUAU